AUGGCUGAGAAAGGACAAACAGAGGCCACUUGUAAUCUUGGAAACACCAACACGAUUGCCGAUAAAGCUGGGGAGAGGACAGAGGAAGAAAAAGGGAAUAGUACUAAUGGCGACGCCUAUGUAAUCUUUAAAGAUUUCCAGAAAGCCAUAGAGUACCAUAAACGACACCUCAAAAUUUCCAAAGAAGUGGGAGACAGGGCAGGAGAAGGAAAAGCGUACUGUAAUCUUGGCAACGCCUAUGACAGUCUUGGAUAUUUUCAGAAAGCCAUAGAGUACCAUAAACGACACCUCAAACUUUCCAAAGACGUGGGCGACAGGGCAGGAGAAAGAAUUGCCUACUGUAAUCUUGGCAGGGUCUAUUACAGUCUCGGAGAUUUCCAGAAAGCCAUAGAGUACCAUGAAAGAGACCUCAAAAUUUCCAAAGAAUUCGCAGACCGGAAAGGAGAAGGAAUACCGUACUGUAAUCUUGGCAACGCCUAUCACAGUCUUGGAUAUUUCCAGAAAGCCAUAGAGUACCAUGAACGAGACCUCAAAAUUUCCAAAGAAGUGGGAGAUAGGGCAGGUGAAGGAAAAGCGUACGGUAAUCUUGGCAACGCCUAUCACAGUCUUGGAGAUUUCCAGAAAGCCAUACAGUACAAUGAACGACACCUCAAAAUUUCCAAAGAAGUGGGAGACAGGGCAGGAGAAGGAAAAGCGUACGGUAAUCUUGGCAACGCCUAUGACAGUCUUGGAUAUUUCCAGAAAGCCAUAGAGUACCAUGAACGAGACCUCAAAAUUUCCAAAGAAGUGGGAGACAGGGCAGGAGAAGGAAGAGCGUACGGUAAUCUUGGCAACGCCUAUGACAGUCUUGGAGAUUUCCAAAAAGCCAUAGAGUACCAUGAACGACACCUCAAAAUUACCAAAGAAGUGGGAGACAGGGCAGGAGAAGGAAUAGCGUACUGUAAUCUUGGCUGCGCAUAUAACAGUCUUGGAUAUUUCCAGAAAGCCAUAGAGUACCAUGAACGAGACCUCAAAAUUUCCAAAGAAGUGGGAGACAGGGCAGGUGAAGGAAAAGCGUACGGUAAUCUUGGCAACGCCUAUCACAGUCUUGGAUAUUUCCAGAAAGCCAUAGAGUACCAUGAACGAGACCUCAAAAUUUCCAAAGAAGUGGGAGACAGGGCAGGAGAAGGAAGAGCGUACGGUAAUCUUGGCAACGCCUAUGACAGUCUUGGAGAUUUCCAAAAAGCCAUAGAGUACCAUGAACGACACCUCAAAAUUACCAAAGAAGUGGGAGACAGGGCAGGAGAAGGAAGAGCGUACUGUAAUCUUGGCUGCGCAUAUAACAGUCUUGGAUAUUUCCAGAAAGCCAUAGAGUACCAUGAACGAGACCUCAAAAUUUCCAAAGAAGUGGGAGACAGGGCAGGUGAAGGAAAAGCGUACGGUAAUCUUGGCAACGCCUAUGAAAGUCUUGGAUAUUUCCAGAAAGCCAUAGAGUACCAUGAACAACACCUCAAAAUUUUCAAAGAAGUGGGCGACAGGGCAGGAGAAAGAAUGCCUACUGUAAUCUUGGCAGGGCCUAUUACAGUCUCGGAGAUUUCCAGAAAGCCAUAGAGUACAAUGAACGAGACCUCAAAAUUUCCAAAGAAUUGGCAGACAGGGAAGGAGAAGGAAUAGCGUACUGUAAUCUUGGCUGCGCAUAUAACAGUCUUGGAUAUUUCCAGAAAGCCAUAGAGUACCAUGAACGAGACCUCAAAAUUUCCAAAGAAGUGGGAGACAGGGCAGGUGAAGGAAAAGUGACGGUAAUCUUGGCAACGCCUAUCACAGUCUUGGAUAUUUCCAGAAAGCCAUAGAGUACCAUGAACGAGACCUCAAAAUUUCCAAAGAAGUGGGAGACAGGGCAGGAGAAGGAAGAGUGUACGGUAAUCUUGGCAACGCCUAUGACAGUCUUGGAUAUUUCCAGAAAGCCAUAGAGUACCAUGAACGACACCUCAAAAUUUCCAAAGAAGUGGGAGACAGGGCAGGAGAAGGAAAAGCGUACGCUGGUCUUGGCAACGCCUAUGACAGUCUUGGAUAUUUCCAGAAAGCCAUAGAGUACCAUGAACGAGACCUCAAAAUUUCCAAAGAAGUGGGAGACAGGGCAGGAGAAGGAAGAGCGUACGGUAAUCUUGGCAACGCCUAUGACAGUCUUGGAGAUUUCCAAAAAGCCAUAGAGUACCAUGAACGACACCUCAAAAUUACCAAAGAAGUGGGAGACAGGGCAGGAGAAGGAAGAGCGUACUGUAAUCUUGGCUGCGCAUAUAACAGUCUUGGAUAUUUCCAGAAAGCCAUAGAGUACCAUGAACGAGACCUCAAAAUUUCCAAAGAAGUGGGAGACAGGGCAGGUGAAGGAAAAGCGUACGGUAAUCUUGGCAACGCCUAUGAAAGUCUUGGAUAUUUCCAGAAAGCCAUAGAGUACCAUGAACAACACCUCAAAAUUUUCAAAGAAGUGGGCGACAGGGCAGGAGAAAGAAUUGCCUACUGUAAUCUUGGCAGGGCCUAUUACAGUCUCGGAGAUUUCCAGAAAGCCAUAGAGUACAAUGAACGAGACCUCAAAAUUUCCAAAGAAUUGGCAGACAGGGAAGGAGAAGGAAUAGCGUACUGUAAUCUUGGCUGCGCAUAUAACAGUCUUGGAUAUUUCCAGAAAGCCAUAGAGUACCAUGAACGAGACCUCAAAAUUUCCAAAGAAGUGGGAGACAGGGCAGGUGAAGGAAAAGCGUACGGUAAUCUUGGCAACGCCUAUCACAGUCUUGGAUAUUUCCAGAAAGCCAUAGAGUACCAUGAACGAGACCUCAAAAUUUCCAAAGAAGUGGGAGACAGGGCAGGAGAAGGAAGAGUGUACGGUAAUCUUGGCAACGCCUAUGACAGUCUUGGAUAUUUCCAGAAAGCCAUAGAGUACCAUGAACGAGACCUCAAAAUUUCCAAAGAAGUGGGAGACAGGGCAGGAGAAGGAAAAGCGUACGCUGGUCUUGGCAACGCCUAUGACAGUCUUGGAUAUUUCCAGAAAGCCAUAGAGUACCAUGAACGAGACCCCAAAAUUUCCAAAGAAGUGGGAGACAGGGCAGGAGAAGGAAAAGCGUACGGUAAUCUUGGCAACGCCUAUAACAGUGUUGGAGAUUUCCAGAGAGCCAUAGAGUACCAUGAACAAGACCUCAAAAUUUCCAAAGAAGUGGGAGACAGGGCAGGAGAAGGAAGAGCGUACGGUGGUCUUGGCAACGCCUAUGACAGUCUUGGAGAUUCCCAGAAAGCCAUAGAGUACCAUGAACGACACCUCAAAAUUUCCAAAGAAGUGGGAGACAGGGCAGGAGAAGGAAGAGCGUACGGUAGUCUUGGCAAGAACUAUGACAAUCUUGGAGAUUCCCAGAAAGCCAUAGAGUACCAUGAACGAUGCCUCCAAAUUUCCAAAGAAGUGGGAGAUAGGGCAGGUGAAGGAAAAGCGUACAGUCAUCUUGGCAACGCCUAUCACAGUCUGGGAUAUUUCCAGAAAGCCAUAGAGUACCAUAAACGACACCUGAAAAUUUCCAAAGAAGUGGGAGACAGGGCAGGAGAAGGAAAAGCGUACGGUAAUCUUGGCAUCGCCUAUUACCGUUUUAGAGAUUUCCAGAAAUCCAUACAGUACCUUGAACUUACUCUCCAAAUUUCCAAAGAAGUGGGAGAAAGGGCAGGAGAGGGAAAAACGUACUGUAAUCUUGGCAACGCCUAUAACAGUGUUGGAGAUUUCCAGAGAGCCGUUGACUGUUAUAAAAACAGUGUCAUUGCUUUCGACCACAUCAGGGGAAAUCUCAUAUCUAAUGACGAAUGGAAGAUUAGUCUUGGGAGUACGUAUGAUGAUAUUAUUUUGAGGCUAUGGGGUCUGCAGGUUAAGCAAGGUAAAGUCGUCGAGGCACUUUUAACUGCUGAUCAUGGUCGUGCCCAAGCAUUAAAUGAUCUUCUGAAGUUCAAGUAUGGGUUGAAAGAGUUAUCUCCAGAAAUAGGAACAUUCUCUGCAACAACACCUGACAUUCUUAGUUACCUACCAUCAAAUACAGCUUUUAUAGGUAUCAACGAGGGGGGAAUAGUUCUCUGGGUGAACGAGAAAGGAAAAGAAAUCAAAACUAGAGGAACUCAGAUCGAUAUCUCCGGCACAACCUAUUUUCAGUCUCUAUUAGAGACUACACGUAAAGAAAUAGAUGUGAGAGCUGUUGUUAACUGUGAAGAUCGCUCAUUAAGGAACUCAAACGAUGAAAAGUUUGCAGCAGAAAGAUCCAGUCAGCCAAGGUCUCAUUCCUCAUCUUUUCGGACAAAGUCAUUACAAACAUUUUACAAAGUUGUUAUGGACCCUAUAAGAGACUUACUCCAAAGCGAUGAGGUUGUGAUUGUUCCAGAAGGACCUCUUUGUUUGGCCCCUUAUGCUGCUUUCAUUGACUUGAAAUCUAAGUACCUCUGCGAAACUUUUAGAAUUCGCCUACUUCCCUCACUUUCUACUCUGCGAUUAAUCCAUAAUUGUCCAGCAGAUUGGCACAGCAAGACUGGCGCUCUUCUCGUCGGCGAUCCGUGGGUACAGGAGGUAGUUUAUGAAGGAAGGAGGUUAGAGCAGUUACCGGGGGCCGCAACGGAAGUGCAGAUGAUUGGGGAAAUACUUCAAAUUGAACCUCUCGUUGGAAAGCAGGCAACAAAAGAUGAAGUGUUAACACGCAUCUCCUCGGUUGCUCUGGUGCACAUUGCUGCUCACGGCAAAAUGGAAACAGGAGAAAUUGCCUUGGCCCCAAACACAACACGCUCAUCCGUGAAUCCAGCCAGAGAGGACUAUCUCUUAACUAUGAAAGAUGUUUUAAAGGCGCAGAUUAGGGCAAGACUUGUUGUACUCAGUUGUUGUCAUAGUGCCCGGGGAGAAGUCAAAUCUGAGGGUGUGGUCGGUAUUGCACGGGCAUUUUUAGGUGCUGGUGCUCGCUCUGUUCUGGUGUCUCUGUGGGCGAUCGACGACGAAGCUACUAUGGAGUUCAUGAAAGUUUUCUACCAACAACUAGUCCAUGGACGAAGUGCCAGUGAGGCUCUGAAGAAAGCCAUGAAAUCCCUUAGAGAAUCUAACCGCUUUAACGCAGUGAAGUACUGGGCGCCGUUUGUUCUUGUUGGUGACGACAUAACGCUCGAGUUUGAGGGCAUCCAAUAAAUAGCAAGGUAUUUUAGGAUAUAUUUAAACCUUGGAUAAUAUUACGUGAUUUAGGAAACGUCAUUUUAACAAGGAAUUAUUUUUGCCCUUUUACUGAGCAACGAACUCAACCGGUGCACGUACCGUCAAUCUGCCAAUCACAGCUCAAGUUCACAACAACAAUGGAGUCUGACUUUGGUAGUUUUUUUGGCAGUUAAACACUAGAAAAUUUUUUCAAGGCUUAUGAUUUUUUCACAUUUCAACGUGUGGCCCCGUCUGAGUUUGUUCUACUGUAACUUACAGUCGAACCUGACGUAAGCGACGACCCAAAAUGCGAAGAUUAAAUUUCCGGUCGCUUAUUUUACGGAAGGUGGUUGCUUAGGAAAGCCUAGAUAAGGCAUAUCCUCUAUUAAGCCUCGCGGAGGUUUAUUCAUUUCAAGAACGUUUGAGAGGGAGGAGGGGCUUAUCUAAUUAAGCGAAGAUUGUGGUAUCAUUUCUCCAUAAAGAACUGACAACCUCAAGUGAAAAAUCUCAGGGACAUGAAGUUGCAGGUCAUGAUCAGCCGAAGAUUAAAUUCAAAUCGAAACUUCCAGCUCGUGAAUAAACCAUACAGGAUAAUCAAUCCACAUGAAGUGUUACAAUCGUGAUAAAUUAAUACAUCUAUCAUACGUCUAUUAUAUAAGAAUAGGGAGAGGAUGCUUGAAAGAGAGUAGGAGGUUAAAUAACUUUCCUCUGAAAAGGGGAGCUUAUUAGAGAGGGCGAGGCUUAAUAGGGAAUUUAUGGUAUGCAUGUUUAUUUAAAUCUGCAAUAAGUCUAAUCAUUGGUUAAAGUUACGAGUUUAAACGUGACCCUUUGCUCUAAUAGAUUUAGGGCGUGUUCGAUUCACCGUACUCCGCGUCUUAAAUAAAAAUAUAUGGAAUAAACUCGCGAGAAAUCACUUGUUCUGUCUUUCAUUCUGUUGCAAUAUUUACAAAACGGCUUGAAAUAAAGUAUUCUGAUCUAUAUAAACUUUAGAUGGUUCAAAAAUUACGGUAUAGAAGAGGUUUGCAUCAAAACGUUUGCGUAUUCUUAUUCCGGGGUACGAUCAAUCGAGCACACUCUUAAAAGUCAGUUGUCAAAAUGUUAUGCCUCGCCAGAUGAAGUCACUAUCCUUUUCUUUCGUUAGCUUGCUAACGUUGCUUUUUCCUGUUGUGGUUGUUGUUGUAUAGGUAUGAUGAAGAAUGCAGUGAAGCAGUUUCUAACUAUCUGAGGGUGAAGUCAGUUUCUAAUUUUGUCACAAUUACUAGGUGGAGCGUUCAUCUCAAGAAUAGGAACACUUUAUCCAGAAGAAAAAAUUAUCUGCUGUUAAUAUUUUGCGUGGUCUGAAAAUUACAGUGUAGGUUUCGUAGCUUAUUUUGCGACCAGUCAUGUGCACUUG